AUGAAGCAACGAAGAACAGCAACAAACAGCUACAGAUUCGCUCAAGAAUACCUCAAAUCCACCCAAAUCGCCUCUUCUCUCUUCUCUGGUUCACAAAACGACAAAAGAGCACAAGAGAAAGCGGCUGCCUCUUUUAAUCGCGACCUAGAGCUUUCCUUGCCCAUAACUGGACCAAACCGAACUCAAAUCGAACUGGAUUCGAUUUCCAAUUGUUGUGUCGACCGACACACACCUUGUGUCGCUCGACACAACCUCCAAAACUCCACAGUCUUUAAGCAAAUUCGCUAUGAACCAUCGGAGGUAUGUGUGAAAGGGUUAGAAGAAGCAAGUAUCUGGUGCAAAGUCAAUUAUCCUGGCCUUAACUCUGAUACCGACUGGUGUCCUCAGAACCCUCCUGGUCUUACAUGGACGAAACCUCCUAUAAACAUACUGAAAUGCAACAUCGGUGUCUCAUGGGUUGGCCCUCAUAGACAUUGUGGAAUAUAG